AUGUACAACCACCUUAGGCUUUUCUCGGACACGGACAAAACCAUUUUGUACACUGACGCCUCACCUAGUGCUUUAGGAGCCGUGCUUGUUCAAGAAAGUGUAAGUUGUAACCCUAGGAUUAUUAGUUUUGCUUCCAAAGCCCUCACAGCAACCGAGCGCAGAUACGCUCAGAACCAACGCGAGGCGCUGGGCGUAGUUUGGGGAGUCGAGCACUUCUCCUAUUUCCUUUUGGGGAGGCACUUCACUCUCCGAACGGACGCUCAAGGAGUUGCGUUUAUUCUUAACCGGUCGCGGGAGGAAUCAAAGCGAGCUUUAACUCGGGCAGAUGGCUGGGCACUAAGAUUGAGUCCCUAUAGUUACGACGUAGAAUAUGUACGUGGAAUGGAAAACAUCGCUGAUCCAUCGUCCAGACUCUAUACUGGUGAAGAUGAACCCUUCAACGACGAUGUCAGUCCGUGGGAAAUCGGCGUAUUAGAAGCGAACUCAAUUGAAAUACUCACAGAGGAGGAGAUUGCACACGCCACUUCACAAGACAAUUCUCUUCAAUUGGUAAUAGCGGCCUUAGAAAACGGACAUUGGUCGAGCGUCGAAACCAGCUAUCGCAAAGUUCAGGAUGACUUAUCAAUUCGAGAUGGCAUAAUUGUGAAAACUGGCUGUGCAGUUAUACCAUCGUCACUACGAGAGAAGGCCUUAAGAGUCGCGCAUGAAGGACAUCCGUCUUUGGCAAAAAUGAAGAGCAUAAUCAGACAACGAGUUUGGUGGCCUGGCCUUGCACUGAGCGUACAGGAGUGGAUUGGUUCUUGCGAAACUUGUUUGACGAAUGGGAAGCCAGAGCGACCUACUCCGAUGCAACGAAUAUUCGCACCGAAGGUUGUAUGGGAGACGAUCGCAAUAGACUUUAACGGGCCUUAUGCCGUUCUAGGAGGUAUUUCGAUUCUUGUGGUGGUUGAUUACCGAUCAAGGUAUCUAUUCGCGAAGUCCGUUAAGUCCACCAGCUUCGACUGCACCAAGAAAGUUCUCGAGGAGAUAUUCGAGAAGGAGGGUUACCCGAAAAUGAUUAAAUCGGACAACGGGCCUCCAUUUAACGGAUCCGAAUAUAAGGAAUACUGCAAACUGCGAGGAAUUACGACGAUCUUUUCUACGCCACUAUUCCCUCAACAAAAUGGGCUAGUGGAAAGCAGUAUGAAAACUAUUAAUAAAGCAAUGUCUGCGGCAAUUUCUAAUAAAACUAACUACAUAAUCGAAUUACGCGAAGCUGUAAACGCACACAACGCAGCCAUGCAUAGCGUAACUCAGUAUCCACCGGAAGAAAUUAUGCAGGGAAGGAAAAUUAGACGCGGAUUGCCUCUAAUGAAUCACGAGAAAAUCGUAGUCAACGAUGCACUGUUAGACGAAAGAGACCGGAAAGCAAAACUGGAUGGGAAAAAUAGAGAGGAUAUUCGUCGCGGUGCACGAAAGUGUCGCAUAACUGCCGGAGAUACAGUUAUCGUCCAGCGCCAAGUCCGUAGCAAAGGGCAGUCUCGAUUUUCUCCAACAAGAUACACAGUCGCCAAUGAAAACAACGGGAGCUUAGUUCUUCACAACGCGGACGGCCAGUCACUUAAACGCCACAUCACCCAAACUAGAAGAGUCACGCACUAUCCAAACAUCAAAACUAGCGAGGGUGAUGAACAUGAACGCUAUCGGAAUGCGGACAGCGAUAUUCCAAUCAGGAAAGAACAUCCGGAUAACCGCAAAGGAGAUCGGGUGAAAAGAAUUCCAGCCUAUUUGGAACACUACGUCCGAUCCGUUGAGCAGUGA